AUGCAAUUCUUGUCCAACCUAAAUGUGAAUGCGAGUGAUGAGAAUGAGGUUCUGGUGUUGAACGCCCUCCCGACUAACCUGCAGAAGCUAAGUUUGAACGGAAGAUUACCAGAAGGGGCAUCGUGGGCGUUGUCUCCUCUCUUUCAAGCCGUGGAGCAGAACUUGUGUUCACUGCAUCUAUCCUGGUCGCAUCUGAGAGAAGACCCUUUGCCAUCCCUUUCUCGGUUAGCGAAUUUGAUGGAUCUAUGUCUCGACAAAGCGUACAAUGGAGAGAAGCUAGAGUUCCUCACGGGGUGGUUUCCCAAGCCGAAGAGCCUCUAUUUGUGGGACAUGCCCAACCUGAAGAGCCUACACUAG